CUUUUCUUUUCGCCCUCCCCGCAGAAAAGGGAUUGUGAAAAUCUCUCGGCUUGUUCAAUGCUCAACCAGCAGGGCUGCUCUGCACACGGGCAACAUGGCCAUCUACGCGGAUGAUGCACAUUCAGUGGCUGGCAGCGUUAUUAUGCUGACUGCCAUCGCCUUUAUCACUUAUGGUUUACGAGUCUAUUGCCGGGUGAGCCGGAAGUCAUGGGGCACGGAAGACUGGAUCAUGACGGCAGCAUUGGCGCCUUUUGCCGUCCUCAUUGCCGGCUGUCUCGGGGGUGCUUUCAAUGGAAUCGGGGUUCACAAUUGGAGGCUGCAACAGGAUGGGAACCAGAAAUAUCUCGCAUCGGGACAGAAGUUCUUCCUUAUCUUCGAAGUCGGCUAUUGCGCGGCUAUCAUCCCAAUUAAAAUGAGCAUUAGCUUUAUGUUGAUUCGGGUUGCUGAAGGGCGCAAGCUGUAUAUCUAUAUCCAAUAUGCGGUCAUGGCCAUAUUUGUGGUCAUGAACUUUAUAGCCUUGAUCUUUAUCCUCACAAACUGCAUACCCAUUGCUGCUGCCUGGGAUUCGAGUGUGGGAGGCAGCUGUAAACCAGCCUAUGUGCUGGCAGAUGUCUACUAUGCGUGUACUGCUGUCAACAUUGUCACAGACUGGAUCACAGCUUUCAUGCCUAUUCCGCUGGUCUGGAAAGUCCAGCUGAACCGCAAUACGAAGAUCUCCAUCAUCUGUCUGAUGAGCUUGGGCAUCUUCGCCUCAUUGUCCGCAUGCGUCCGUCUCAAAUACACCGUCAACCUAACCAACCAAACCGAUUUCCUCUUCGGCGUCGCCAACGUCGUCAUCUGGGGGUUUGCCGAGAACGCCAUCGGCAUGAUCGUCGGCAACGUCUCAACCCUCCGUCCUCUCUUCCGCAUUCUCUGGGACCGAACCGGCUCGAGCAAUGGCAACGGAAACGGAUACAGCAAUGGAUACACAGGCGGUUCACGAUCCCACGGAUUCCUCAAUUCGCGACGUACGAACCCGACCAUGCUUGCCUCUGCGGACGAUAUGGAAUUGGGCGGGCAUGGGCAGACUCAGACUGGUAUCCGGGCCAGUAAGGGAUUCAACGACACCGUGGCAGAGGCCUCGGACUCGAAGGAUAAUAGGAGCAGCCAGUCGAGUGAUAGGGAGAGUCAGAAGAAUAUCCUCCGUGAGGGGCAGAGGCCUGGACAGGCGGAUAUUUAUGUGAAUCACCAGGUGACUGUUACGUACCACUAGGGGGUAUUAGGGUGGAUAUACUUUUUUCCUUUUUUCGUGUACAUAUAGCGCUUCUAAUACUUGCAUACAUAAAGCGGCAUAGAAUAAUAAACCCAGAGUUGACCAGUCCUACAGGUCAUGAUACCCAG